AUGCCGAUGUACGGAGACCAGGGCAACAAAUUGGUGCAACACGCCAAACGCAUGCAGAACCUCGCCCACCUGCCACCAUACCAGACAGAGCUCGUCCGCGCCGUGACACGUGAGGUGCGAGAUUUGGACAAGGACGUGGCCAGCCUCCUCGAACCUUUUCAGGGGUCAUUUGACCCCUCUGCAGACCAGUCCACGGCUUGCACCCUACUGGUCAACCAUCUGUCUAUGCGGAGAAACAAGCGGUGCCUCCUUGCCUACCACCGCACCAGGACAGAUAAGCUGGAGGAGCUGGUAUGGAACGGGUCAGAUGUCCUGGACCUCGCUGGCCAGCAAGCGGGAGGUGGUGCCAAUGGCGCAACUGCCGCGGCCGAUGGUGGGGCGAGUAGCAGUCUGAGCCCACAAGAGGAGGACUAUGUUCGACAAUACGGCGACCUCCUCGCGGCCUACAAGGGCCAGUGGACAGAUAUUGACCUAACUGGCAGCCUCGAGCCGCCCAGAGAUCUCUUCAUUGACGUGCGGGUGCUCAAAGAUGCGGGUGAGAUCCAGACCGAAUACGGGGCUAUCAAUCUCACCAAGAACAGCCAGUUCUAUGUUCGGCAAGGAGAUGUUGAGCGCCUGAUCGCCCAGGGCUACCUUCAGAAGCUUGGCUGA